UUCUGAACCAAAAAGGGGCGGGGCAGUGGGGGACAAGCCACUCCUCCCCCCCCGUGGGCCCUUGGAGUAGUCAACCCGAGCCCAUCCAGGGUGCUUUAAGGCUUCUGCAGUGGGGCUGGCAUGUUGCUGCUGUGCUGAGUAGGACGGAGAGAGCCUCUGCAAACGAGGGGGAAGCCCUCCGCGGAGUAUCCUCCGAUGGCUCCGCUUCUGGGGUGGCCUGGCUGGAGCUCUCUUCAGUGUUCACAAGUGCAGCAGGCCUGGCCUUCUGGAGUGAAGGGGAGGAGGAGGAGGAGGAGAGGGCCCGGGGAGAUGGGUGUGUGUGUGUUGUGUGUGUGUUUGGGGGGCUUUUGGAGUGGCGUGUGCAUUGGUGCUAUUCACGGGAGUCUCCUCUUCCUCCACUUUCCUCAAACACAGAUGCACACAGAGGCCCUGAUCCAGCUACAGCUACUCAUAGGGAGGACUGCAGUGGUUCUGCGCACCCUUGCUUGACAGGGGCAUGGUUAGGCAUUGAGAAGAUGUGGGAUUUGGUCCCACCGCUCCCACUUCUGAUAAUUAAACUCAAUUGUAUCCCCCCCCCCGAAUAAUUAUGCAUGUUUUUAAAAGUCUCUAUUAUUAUAAUGCAACCCUUCUGAAGGCGGAAGCAGCCAAGGGCCAGGGGAGGUCGGGAGUGCUUUGCCCUCUGCUUGGCGCUGGUCCCUCCAUGGCUGCCCUUCCUUUCAGGGAGAGGUCCUGGAGGAGGAAGGGAGGUGGGGGGCUGAUGAGAUUCAGGGUUCUGAGCAAUUUGAGGUGCCCCAUGGGCCACCCCCGAAUGACUCCCCCUUGCUUGACAGUAAGUCCGUCUAACUCAGUAGGGCUUUGUUCCACAGAAGCUCUGGCUAUUCUGAAAGUCAGGCGCUGGUCAGCAGUGACCAUCUGGGCUGCUGGAUUUCUGUGGGUCUUGUCCCUCAGUCCUUACUGUUAGGCGUCCCUAGCAGGAGCUGGAUGGGGACCCAACAGAACACGAAUAGCCUGCUGGAUCACACCGCUCACCUAGGCUAGCCUCCUUUCUGGGCAUGUUAGCUAGCAUGUUGUCUCCAGGAAACCCACAAGGCGAUAACCCGCUGCUGUUUGUUCCCCAGCAACUGGUAUUCUGUGGUAGACUGCCUCAGAGCAUGGAGGUUCUAUAGAGCCAUCAUGGCUAAUAGCCAUUAAGAGGCCUCUCUCCUCCCUCUUCCAUGAGCUUGUCCAAAUCCUCUUCAAAGCCAUCUAAGCUAGUGUCGCCCCCACCAUACACUUUGGGGUGGUGAAUUCCAUAAAUUAAUCAUGCGUUGCCAGUUAUGCAACUUCAUUAUGUGAGAGCUUAUACAAAACACCAAACUGAUCCCAGGGGAAAAGGACUCUUUGCAACCAGAAAUAUCCAGAAAGGAGAAAUCAUUUUUGUCGAGAAGCCUGUGGUAUCUGCCCAGUUCCUCUGGAAUGCCCUCUAUAAAUAUAAAGCAUGCGACCACUGCUUGCGAGCGCUGGAGACGGCGGAAGAAAACGCGCAGAGGCUGCUGGGAAAGUUCCAGGUCCUGCCUCAUCCGGAGCAGUGCAGCAUCCGUAAGGACCUGCAUCAGCCCUGCCACAGUUGCCAGGUAACUUAUUGUAGUUCAGAAUGCCGGCAAGCUGCCUGGGAACAGUAUCAUCAGGUGUUGUGCCUGGGACCUUCCAGACAGGACCCCAAUCACCCUCUCAACAAACUGGAGGAGGCAUGGAGGAAUAUCCAUUAUCCUCCAGAGACUUCGAGCAUCAUGCUGAUGGCAAGAAUGGUUGCAACCGUCAAGCAGGCUAAAGAGAAAGACAGCUGGGUCAAGCUCUUCUCUCAGUUCUGCAGCAAAACUGCCAACGAGGAGGAGGAAAUUGUGCACAAGCUCCUGGGAGAUAAAUUUAAGGGCCAGCUGGAAGUCCUGCGUGGACUCUUCACGGAAGCACUUUACGACGAACAUCUUGGCAGAUGGUUUUCUCCUGAAGGCUUCCGGUCACUCUUUGCCUUGGUGGGUACCAAUGGCCAAGGCAUAGGGACAAGCUCCUUGAGCCCAUGGGUCCAUGCCUGCGAUGCCUUAGAACUCCCUCCGCAGGAACGCGAGAAGCUGGACGCCUUCAUAGACCAGCUCUACAAGGACAUUGAGAAAGAGACAGGGGAGUUCCUGAAUUGCGAAGGAUCAGGCCUCUACAUGCUUCAGAGUUGUUGUAAUCACAGCUGCAUUCCCAAUGCUGAGACCUCGUUCCCAGACAACAAUUUUCUCCUACACCUGACAGCCCUGGAAGAUAUCAGGCCAGGAGAGGAGAUCUGCAUCAGCUACCUGGACUGCUGCCAACGAGAGAGGAGUCGGCACAGCCGCCACAAGAUACUGCGGGAGAACUAUCUGUUUGUCUGCUCCUGUCCCAAGUGCCUGGCUCAAGCCGACGACCCGGAUGUGACGUCUGAAGAGGAGGAGGAGGAGGAGGAGGAAGCCGAAGGGGAGCCGGACGACGCGGAGCUGGAGGAUGAGAUGACCGACGUGUGAUCUUGGGGAUCUGGGGAGGGGGUUCUCCUGCGGGCCGCGGCGGCUUCCUUUUGCAGCAGGCUGCUGGGAGGCAAGCCACUGCUGCGGGCCGAGGAAGAAGGGGCUGAGAUUUCGCCAAGGGGGCGGGGGGGCGCUGGGACCACUGCUUGCCCCUGGCCUUCUCGGAGGUGUGUCCCUGGCUCUGGAGUCUCUUCCCUCUCCAUCUUGGCAGGCUUGGCCCGAGCCGUGUCGGAAGAAAUCCGGUCCUCGCCAUCUGCCACGCAGACUAAGCUCCCCGUCACGGCGGCAGCAGGGGGAAGACCUGGCCGGGGCUCUCUCUGCAGACGGGCUCGGUGAAGAAUCUACAGUGCAGAUGGCGGCUUUUCGGGGGGGGGGGGGCGAACCCAGACCGGUCGCUUGAGUUUUGACAGCCCCUCCGUCCGAUCCAGCUGCAUGGGUAGAGGUGGUUGGAGGUAUGCGUAAUGCCCCCGAGGCGGCAUCUGUAUCGGGAGAGCAUGUUCAAGCAUGCACGAAGCCCGUUGGGCUUUCCGCUUCAUAAACACCACUUGCCACUAGGAACCCCCACAAGAAGGACCCAUAGGCAGCAGCCUUGCCUCUUGUUUGCUGCUCAGCAGCUGAUGUUUACAGGUAGACUGCCCGUGAACCUGAAGGUUCCAUCUAGCCACUGUGACUAAUAGCUAAUCUAUCCUCUUCGGUGAACUUGAGCAAUCGCCUUAUAGAGCUAGAGGCAAUUGUGACCUCUUGUGGCAGUGAGUUCCGCAAGUCAGUGUUGGUGUUACGUGAAGAACUUCCUUUUGGGCUUCACCAGAGGCUGAGGGGCCACUUCGUGCCGUCUUUUCUCAGCAGCGAAUGCAUGGAAUUAAUCUGCUGCUGCUGCUGCUGCUGUCUGACUCACAGUGGCUGUCUUCUGGCUGCCCCAAGUCCAGCUUGCUGGGUGAAGUCAACAGAGAUCGGCUCGAGUGCAGAAGACGUGAUGUGCUUCUGGUCCAGCAUAGCCCUUGCUUUUCCCCAGCUGCAAGAGGAAGCAAGCACCUGCCCCCACUGCUGGGAGAGGGGAGCUUCUUUCUCACCGCUCAGCUGUUGAGCCAGGUGGCAGCCGGGGUCUGGAUCCGUGCAUUUGGGCUGUGUGUGUGAGGAAUCCCUGGUAGCCGCUGUUGGGUUUGCAGGCCUUUUACCCACACUCAGUAGCAACACCCUCCCCCGCCUGUGGCCACGCCACUUUCUCUAAAUAAACAGGUUUGAAGUAAUAGAUAAUGAAAAGUAACUCUGAACAUGUGCAGAAUGCCAGUCAGCAUCCCCAUGCAGUUGCAGCUGCUGCGCUCACACUUCGAAUGGAGACUAUCCAGGAGAACUGGGUUGGAGUGAAGGCUCAACCAGUCCAUGCCGACGGGCCAGGGACGCUGCCGAGAAAGAAGCCUGUAUACACUGGGGGGUCCUCAAGCACGCCCCCCACCAAGGUGCUAUAGGUCCUAUCUUCUAUAGGUCCUAUCUUCCCUUUUGGCCAUUGUGGCUGGGGAUGAUGGGAAUUGUAGUCCACCCUCCUCUGCAGACCCAGUUUUGACAGCCCUGCCUGGCGUGAUGGCAAUAGUUCUGCCUGCCCUGUGGCCCCGUCCCCAGCAUAUGAUAUUCAGGAGCCUACUUCCCCUGAACAUGGAGGCUCUAUUUGGCUGAUCUCUCCGUGAAUUUUCCUCCAUCCCCUUCUAGAGCUAUCUCACCCAGCAACCAUCGCCACAUCUUGUGACAUGAAGUUCCACAAGCUGUCCUUUGUGUAAAGAAGCGUUUUUGUCUUUAAAAAGCAGGGAGCCUCAUGGAGCGGAGCCCUGCCAAAACACAAGCCUGACCACACGGAUUUUAAAAUUUAAGCAUGGCCUCCACCUCCCUUGACAGUAGUCUGAAAUCUCCUUUUGGGAAAUGUUUAAAGCUUAUUGUGAUAUUCUUAUCCAAACACCAAGCCUUAUGCAAGCAGUCGAGGCCUGACUGGCCACUGACCUUCGACACUGCCUUUGCAGUGUGGGCUUGGCUGAGUUCCUUUGCCCCCCUGUGGCUCUGUCUUUGGGACAGUGAACAAGAAGGCAGCAUCGUUAGCUAUGUGCAUGGGACUGCUAAGCAGAGUGUUACAAAGAUAAUAUAUGCAAAGACCGUUGCAUUUGGGAAGGGCCGGUGUGUCACACUGAGACUGGACAGGAAAUGUGACACAGGCAAUAAUACUCUUUUCUCCUCUU